AUACCUAGUUUCCUGCCUGGAUGUAUUGGUGAUCUUUUGCUACUAGACACGGAAGCCUGUUAAGCGAAAGCUUCUUCUAUUCCGUCCACAACCAUUUGAACCAUUGAACUAGAGCGAAUGUUCGAUACCCAUCGGUACUGUGGUGUUUGGCAGGUAAUAUUGGUGUUGUUUGGCUUAGGGGAUUUACGGAUUGCUGACUGCGAAAUGAGUAUAGUUAAGUUUGAAAAAUUGUCACUGUCGAAGUCGAGGGUUAAAUAUUAUUCAGUGAAGUAUAUACAUGCAGGUUUUCGAAAAUGAUAGAUUAUAUUUUAGCUGAAAGUUUGGUGACGAGGUACGUUGAGGUUUCAAUACAUUCAAGUCGGUCAUCUGACAGUAAUAAUAAAUGGUUGACUUACUAUAAACGGACCUGAGACUAGUGUAUGUUUUUGGUGUCGGUUCGUAGUAAAAGACCUGUCUCAGUGAAAAAAAUCUAGUGAACGGUCUUAAACAAUUUUCAGAGUGAUUUUGAGAAAAUUCAAUCACUUAGUAGGUUCAAAUUACAGUCAGCAGUUAUUGUUGUAAAUCAGCGAUUGUUUUUUUAAGUAUCCAGCUAGAUAUGCUCUAGAUAACAACACUAGAUGCAUAAGAUUUAAAAACGAAACAACUCUACAUCAAUACCAGCAUUUUUCCGGUCACUAGAGAACAUGUGUUUUGACAACGACAAGUUAUGCAUUAGAUUGUCUUAUCUUUGAGGUAGAUUUCUGUAAGAAGUAACCGUGAAGUAACUUGCUUAUUAUGAUUGGUGUUUAUGGCAUAUCAGACACCGACAAACUUGUUCAAGUUGUUUGUUCAGUCGUGAGCCUUAUCAAACUUUUCGACUAGCAGGACUACUAUUAGAGGUUCAGACAGAAAAGGUUAUCCAACAAAUCGUUUAGCAGUUCUCACUAUUAUAUGGAAUGUGAAAUGCUCUAGUUCAGCUGUUUUUUUUGUUGUCACUAAAAAAGAAUCCUAACUCUAUGUAACUGAGGUAGGUAAGCGAUAGACAUAAAUGUGAAAACAUUUAAUUUACAUAUCAGUCCCUAAUUUAUACCAGUAAUUCCUAGUCUUUAUUAUUAUUGACUGUGAACCCUAACUGUCGCAACCGAAUACCUUUCUUCUUUGUCUGGCUGCCAUGGCUUUUUUAAAAAUAGUUGCGUUUCGGAAGUAAAUGGACACGUAAAUGGCAAGUACUGAGUCUUGGUCGAAGUUAUGUUGAAUAGAUUUAUCCAAAAGUCGCUUGAGUACGUUCUUUAUCAUACGUCUAUUUUGUUACACUUCUUUGGGUAAUUUGUGGGUCAUUAAGACUGAGCAACCACAUUCUUGCAUAUAUGGCUGUUAUUUUCUAUUUGUUUGAAAGCCAAUUGCAUUAGCUAGUUGCUCAGACUAGCGACGCAACUUAUAUCUUGAAAUAUCUGUUAUUACCUUCAACUAUUCUUUUGCUUGAAGUUAUGGUGAAAAGUAAAAAAGACUUUCAAAAGGUUCGAGUUAAAGUUGGACGAAAAUUAAAAUGCCGAAACGAGACAGUAAUCAAUUUGCAAAAGAAGAGAAUAAUCCUUCCUAAAGAACGCGAAAUUUGCAAGAUACAAGGGGAUGAAACUAGUGUUCGAAUCUUUGAAAGUUCUAUUCAUUCACUAAACAUUGAGGAUAGUGCUCUUCGCCAGUCCGCUUUACGGGCUCUUAAUCGUCUCUUGGAUCCACUGGCAAAAGGAAUAACCACAAUUCCAUUUUUAGAUAAAAAUGUUUUAUCUCUAUCCAGCAACUUUAUAUCAAAAGUAGUCGAUGAACAUCAGAAACUAUUGGGUUCUACUGUGAAUACAGGGUGUGAUAUUCAAAUCGGAAACCUAAUAUUCGUACUUGGGCGAUUUUGUAGACGAGUUGAUGACCCUCGCUUCUGCGAUGAGAUUUGUCAGCUGUUCGUUAAGAUUGUACAAAUAGCGUAUACUCACCCGAAGAUAUCAGAUAUAAUAUUCGAGUUGGAUCAGGUUGUUCUUAAUCUUUUACACAGAAGUGAACUAGUUUGGAAAUUUUUCGGAUGCCACCUGUCUGCCUAUACAUUUGGUCUACAUUGUAGGUUAACAACGACUAUGAGCAUAUUGUAUCAACCAUCCAACCGAACAAAAUCAGUUUAUUCAGGAGUUUUCGAUUCACUUCAACAAUCAAUACGUUUUCGAGCUUAUUCUAAUCUUAUGAUUCAAUGCUAUAAUAAUUUAAGACAAAAUCGCACUUUCAAAACUUUAUCGAAGUAUCGUGCAUAUUUGGUUCGAACUACCAUGGUUUAUUUGAAAGAUAAUCAAUAUACGAUGUCUCUGAGUUAUUCUCAAAGUCAUCAUCCUUGGUUGUACUCUUUACCGUAUUUUUCAAACGAACAUCUUCAACUGUAUAUUCCUUUGAAAGGGUAUUAUCUCAAGGAAUUGAUUGAUUUCCAUCCUACAUCGCGUACUUUUGAUUCUGGUUUAUUCAGUGUUGUCAAACAGUCUCUAAUAUUCCCUUCCUCAAUUAAAAACAUUGUCGUGAACAAUAAAAGUUAUCAGCAUAAACGGAGUGAGAAGAAUCAAAGGAAUUUUACAAGCAGAGAGAUUUCUGACAGUUCUUCGAUUGCCUAUACUCCAACUGGGUGUCAAGAGGACUACGAUGACCAGGUUAUGAUACAUGGCUUGAUUGGUGAAGGCUUGGUUCUAUUGGAUGAACUAAAUGAAAAUCCGAAUGAGGAAGUAUUAAGCAGCCUGUACUAUCUUCUUCGUGCUUUACGUGUUGUCUUCGAAACAAAAGAAGUUAGUUUUUUCACUUCGCAUUCUAGUGUGAAACGUGAUUAUUCCGGUUGGAGAUUGGAUGUAAAUGAAAUUUCACCAGAUUUAUCCACAUCAUUGGAGCGUUUUUUGGCCAAAUUUUAUUCAAUUUACCCAUUACAAUUAUCUCCUGAUUCUUCAUUACUUAUGUACAUAAAGUGUAAUAAACAAAAGUUACAAAAAAUUAAAAAUAAUCAAAUUGGAAAUGCUGCAUUUCUUUUAAACUCAUCCAAUGGACAAAAAUCAGUUAAUUUAACUAGAAAACAAUUUAAACAAGAACGUAAACGUAGAAAUAAACAAUUGAAACGUCAGUUGAAAAAUGCUAUUAUUUCUGGUGUUACUGAUGAUAAUAACAAUAAUAAUAUUGACAACGUUGAUGAUCAUAGUGAUUCAACUGUUGUCGACUAUGAUCAUUCAACUUCAACGACUAAUUCCAAUGAUUAUUCUACAAAUAAUACGUUCAAUUCUAUCCGAAGAAUUAAUAAUCCCUCUACAAAGGGUAACCUGAAUAAUCAAAUAUUGUUUUGGAUUCAACUAAUCAAUCAAUCAGCUUUUGAACUAUUCACUUACAUUGAAUAUUAUUCAUUUAGAUGCUCAACAGCAAAUCACCACUCUCCAUUUUUAUGGCCACCGCCAGAGAAUACUCAAGAGCGUUUAGUCAAGUUGUGGUUUAACCAGUUAUCAUGUUUUGAUCUAUCUAACGCGACAACAGAGUUUUACCAUGAAACCAGCUGUUGGUUACGUUCAUUUGAUUUGUAUUUGCUGUCACCUUACCGUUUUAAAUGGAAUGUAGAGUAAGUUUCUGUUGUUGCUACUAUUAAUACUAUUAAAUGGAAAACUAAUGUAUUUUAAGAAUAUAUUACGUGGUUAAAUAAUUUGCCAACUGAUUUUGCCCAUCAUUAACUAUUUUGUUGUAUCAUAGUUAUCCGCCACCCAAUUAUAUGAAUCUAAGUGGUAAUCAUUAGAUCUAUCCGGUAUUCUACAAAUCUAUCUGUGUUAAAUUUCUUCUAAAUAAGACGUAUAUUUUGAAAUAUUUUGAUAAAAUUAGUGUUUGUUUAGAUGACUUAUUUGUUCUGUAUGACAAUCCAAAUCAAAGCUAACAUUGAUGUCUUUGAGUUAGUUUCCCUAUCCUAUAGAAUAUAUAUUAGGUAAUUUCACUCACUAGUUCAUUUAUCUCUGUUUUAGCGUAACGGUGACUAAAUAAUUGAUACCUACAUAACACCUGUGUAGUUAGUUUUCACUAAAUUAGUGGUUAAGGUGUUCGACUUCCGACCUCCGACCGUUGCUACUACCUUGACGUGGUGGUCGGGCUUGCCUAUUGUAAUGAACCAGUCGAGCUAUACUGGCUGGAACAGUCGUUCCUCAAGACCCUACCAUGCCAGACAGGUUUGUUGAAGAGCGGUAAAACGAAAAGCAACAAACCCUAAGUUCAAGGGCGAAGUCGUAGUACUGAUUGUACAUAGGUGUGACGACAGUAAGGUGUUUCCUUCAGAUAAUCAGCAUGAUAGCGAUGCUGCCUUCCUAUAAAGGAGGGGUGGGGUUAGAAAGGGUCAACCCUAAGAAUGCAUACCUCGUCUUACCAUAUGGAUUCCCGUCUCCGGCGGUAAGGUCUUAACAAGUACUGGGCUAACACGAAAAUUACUCACAAAAAGGUCGUGUGUGACGGACCUCAAGCAGUUGUCCCUCGAGUACUGCGGUCAUGCUCUGAAGUCACUAAGACCACCCCUGACCCAAUUUUCUUUUCAGGCACCCCCAGAAAAAACCUUCCACAGUGUGGGCGACCGGAAAGUGAUAACCGCCCUCAUACCUCUAAUAGCACUCAAGACCACUGUAUUCAUAAUCAAUCUCCCUCUUCAAUUCCUAUUAUGCCUCCUGCCUUGACAUUCAAAUCUAUACUUCUUUUAAUUUGCUCCUCAAGUGUCACCAUGGCAAACGAUUCUAGUGUGCAUAACACUGUCCCAGGUCUACUGAAACCUCACUCCAAACUACAUAUUGGAGCCUUCGACGUACGCACCUUGUGUCAAAUCGGCCAGCAGACCUCCUUUGUUAAAACCCUAUAAUCUCGUACCAUUGAUGUAUGCUGUGUCUCCGAAAUACACAUACAGGGUCCUGGUGUGGUCAUCUACUUGACCUCAUUUCACCAGGGUGGAAGCUGACGGGAUACACCCUCUGUGUAUCUGGCGACCCGACGGCUAGUUCUUGUGGACUGGCAGGUGUAGACAUGGCACUAAGUACGAGGGCAGAACAAGCACUAUUAGAAUGGAUCCUUGUUAACAGUCGCCUAUGUGCUGUUCGGCUAAACGGCUGCGUAAGAACUCGUGAGGAUAGAGACACAUUUCGUUGCCCUUUCAUCGUUACUGCCUAAGCUCCUACUGCCUACAACCUGGAUGAAGUAAAAGACGACUUUUACAAAAAGCCUUCUGAACAUCUUCAUAAAGCUAAACGUUUAGACAUAGUAAUCAUAGCAGAUGAAUUUAAUGACCAAGCAAGUAGCUUAAAUAAAAAAGAAAGAUUUAGGUGGGUAUUUUGGUAUCCCGGCUCAGCAAACAGAUAAUGGUGACCGUCUGCUGCAGUUGUGCUCAGAAAAUCGUUUAUUUUUAGCAAGCACUAAUUUUAAGCAUAAGGAGAGACAUCGUCUAACAUGGCGACUACCUGAGCCAAACAGCGAUGGACUCUAGACCAUAUUGUCGUCAGUCAUCGUUCGAGAGGCUCGAUCGAAGACUGCCGCUCGUUCUGGAGUACCUGUUUUAACUCCGAUCAUACUCUAAUAAGAGCAUGCAGUUGUUUGCGCCUCAUUAAGAAGACCCAUUAGGAUUGAUCUAAGUGUUUAUUAUAUUUAUUAUUUAUUUGAACACAUAAAUAUUGGUACAAGAGAGCGCCAAUAUAUAUGCGCCACACAAAACAAUGAAAAUUCGAAGAGAGAUAGAAAAAAAAACUAAGGAGCGCAAAAGAAAAAGAGAACGAUAACGAAGAGAUUGGUGUAAGGUAGUGUGGUAGUAACGAGGGAAUGGAAAGGUACAAUCAGAAGAAAUCAUUCAGGUAAGGGAGACACAACCACUUUUUAUGAAGAAAGUAAAAGAAAGUUACAGCAGGAUCGCCACUGGCUUCUAUUCUGAGCCAUAUCUGAUAACGUCUCUAGCCACUGUGUAGCACCAUCUCUCAGACCCCAACCAGGGAGUCGUGAAGGACCGACAGAAGCCAGUCCUUUGCAGCUUUCUUUC